ACACGGACUCGAAACUCGUUGCACAACUGAGGCUAAACUGUCAUGUAGCUAGCCUUGCCGGUUGAAGAUGCUAGUCAUGUUUCUAUGGCAUUUUAAAUAAAUGAAGAAAUAUAUAUGUGUAAUUUAGUGUAGAUCUGACUGGCAGCUCCUGCGUUGUCUAUGCGCCAAUGUUUAUCACAGAAUGCAAGCGGCAGAGGCGCCAAAAAUGACAGAAAGAGUUUGUGUCCUGUGACUCAGCAUCUGUUUAGCCAUGGAGAAGCCCUGGAGGCUGUGGGCCACAAUAGAGCACUGCACCCUGUUUCUGGUAUCCUGGUCCUGGGGUGCCUGUCGCGUUUCCCUUCUCGCCCUCAUCCUCACCUUCCAUCUCUAUGGCGGAUUUUUCCUUCUUGCUCUCAUCCUGGCAUCUGUAGCGGGAAUCCUGUACAAGUUUCAGGAUGUUCUUCUCUACUUCCCUGACCAGCCCUCCUCCUCUCGCCUUUACGUUCCAAUGCCAACUGGAAUCCCACAUGAGAAUGUUUACAUUCGCACCAAAGAUGGGGUGAAGUUGAACCUCAUUCUGCUUCGUUACACCGGAGGGGACACUCUUCCUGGAGUUGGCCCUGGUAAUCAAAAUAGCCCGACAUCCUCAGCUCCACCUACAAUCCUUUACUUUCAUGGCAAUGCAGGAAACAUUGGUCACAGGGUACCAAACGCCCUUCUGAUGCUGGUUAAUCUGAAAGCAAACAUUGUUCUGGUGGAUUAUCGUGGUUAUGGAAAAAGCGAAGGAGAGCCAAGUGAGGAUGGACUGUACCUGGAUGCAGAGGCUACUUUGGAUUACAUCAUGACCCGACCUGAUGUGGACAAGACAAAGGUUGUGCUUUUUGGAAGAUCGCUAGGUGGAGCUGUUGCUGUGCGCUUGGCCUCGGUCAACCCUCACCGUGUCUCAGCCGUUAUCGUCGAAAACACCUUCCUCAGCAUCCCACACAUGGCGGCGACGCUCUUCUCCUUCCUGCCCAUACGGCUGCUGCCCCUGUGGUGCUACAGGAAUCAGUUCCUGACUUACCGGCAGGUGGUGCUGUGCCGCAUGCCUUCACUGUUUGUCUCCGGUUUGUCCGACCAGCUCAUUCCACCAGUUAUGAUGAAGCAACUGUACGAGCUGUCUCCCGCACGGACUAAGCGUCUCGCCAUCUUUCCAGAGGGCACGCAUAAUGACACAUGGCAGUGUCAGGGCUACUUUGCUGCAUUGGAGCAGUUCAUAAAAGACCUGCUGAAGAGCCACGCCCAUGAGGAGAACGCCCAGCCUUCAGCUAGUGUCACUAUCAUCUGAAUCCUAAUGUGACUGUAUUGUGGGAAAGAAGAUUUGUUGGGGGAUGGGUUCUUUUUUUUUUUUGAAAGAAUGUACAUUUUUGCAUUUGUUUUUUUGUGCAUAAUUUGACCUUCAAGAAAACUAAAUUCAAGCCUCCCUUUGGAGCACUUGUUUUGUUGCUGCGGUUAAUGCUUGUAUUUAUUGCCUUUCUGUAUGAAGCUGCAAACACGCUCCUCCUCAAAAUGUCUCAAUCACGUCGGGAUUUGUGGAAUAAAGUUUGCUAAAAUCAUACGGGUUUCAAUGAACAGCCUCCUAUAUUGUGGCAAGUUUAUAGAGAUUGAAAGGAAAUUGAUUAUUAUGUGACUCAAGCAAAUUGACUUAAUGAAUCCAAACGGAAUAUGUGAGCGUACUGUAAAUAAAUGUAACUGGUGAGACUUUGCACUUUUCUUUUUGGUUUAUUCCAAAUGUUUCUGAGCAAUACAGAGGAGCACAUGGAGGUAUAUUUAUUUAUUUUUUCCCUUUAAUGCAACUAACAAUGCGGUCGCAGGACUGCAGCUGCUUGGCAUAUAAUGAAAAUAAAUAUUUCUGUUCGAUUUUAACAAAAAAAAAGAUGAAGGUAAAACCUAUUUACAAUCAAACAUUGUGUUGAAAUGAUUGUGCUGAAAGCCCUCUGUUGUCGGUGCCUGUACAGUGUUUUCUUUUUUUUUUAUUAAGUUCCUUCGUAUAAAGAAAUUAUUGCAACUUUUGUUUGCUUUAAGUCGACCAUUGAGAUCUACAACACUGGAAUUUGUGCUGAAAGUGUAAAAACUGGCCCGUUCUUCUAAAAUAAAAAACAGUUGUAGGGCUAAAAUCGCAAAACUUAUUCAAUAAGAAAAAAAAAAAACUUCAAAGCUGUGUUAACAAACAAAAGUGAAGGGUUACUUAAGGUGAUUGUGGUGGAAAAUAUUUUUUAGAUUAAAAAAAAAAAGAGGAAAAGAAACUUCAUGAGGAUGAGAGCUCCAUGGAAAUGUAGAAACAAACAAAACAAACGAAGCUUUUUGUUAAAUUCUGAUUCUGCUGAAGAGGGAAUUCCGGCCAGAUUACUUAGAGAAAUGCAGUUGACAUCGUCGGAAAAUUUCAAAUCGGUUUGUGACGGUUUAAGAGGAAAAUGUGAGCCUUUUUAUUGGAUUGCUGUUUUUUUUCUCCUAGCUUUUCUCAUCAUUGUUGCUGGCAUUAAUUGAAGGUUUCCUUCUCUCUGUGCUUUUGUGGCUAAACAACUUUACUCUCUUUAACGAGCUAAUGAACCCUCUUUCUGCUCGUUUUCCAUGAGAUGGGGCGGAGCUUAAUGAGAAUUUAAAAAAUAAAACUCAUUUUUAAACGCAGCAUGCUGCACUGCAGAGGUUUGAAAGCCAUUUGAUUACUGAUCUCUUUAGCCAUAAUUAACAAGAAGAGAAUAAAAAAAAACGACAGUUUGUGUUGUUCUGAGUUGGCAAAAAGACCACUGUGAAUGUGAGUGGUGUUUUUUUAUGAACGUCGCUCGACUAAAGUUGUGUUUCAAGUCCUUUCUUCAUCCGUGCAACUUCCUGCCACUGACAGCACUGAAGAGUUUCAUACUUUUUUGUAUCAAUCCACCCUCCUGAGCACUGAAUGCAGUCAGGGUUCAACAUUGUGAAUAUGUUCGUAUAAAGUUUUGUAAGAUGCAAUUUUUGCUGAGUUAUUGUUAAGAAUUGUCAUCUUCUGACACACUUUUUGAUGAUUUGAAACUGAAUGUGUUCAUUUUUUCUAUGACAAAACACUUCAGCAGGUCAGAUGCAGACACACUGGAUUGUAUCCGCUUCCCUGUGAGUGGAUUUGAAUCACAAAUGUUGCAUAAUCUGUCUUUUUUCUUUUUUUUUUUUCUGAACUGGCAUGCGGUGGUUGCAAACUUCUGUAAAGAACCUGCACAUUUGUGCUUUUUUUGGCAUGUAUAUUCACCUUUUUUUAAUCAUCUGUUAGAUGGUUGAACUGAUUUUCCCCCUGUGCUUCUUUUUCUAUUUCAGAACUCUAUCAAGUUCUUGUGUAAGCACACAUUUUCCCUUUCUAUUUUCUGUGCGUUAACACAUAAUAAAAGUUAAACCAAACCGUA